GAGUCCUACGAGGGUGACCCUGAGCCCUUCCUGACGCCCGAUGCCAACAACACGUACAUCUUCAAGGGCAACAGCAGCGUGGUCUUCGUCUGCAUGGAAGCCACUGACCUCAUCCUCAUACACAGCAAGAAGCUGAAGUACACCCUGCAGGGGCCCUUCCACACCUCACUGCAUGCGGUGAAUGGCUCCAGCGUGCCCGACAUCACUAACACCUGGCUGGAGACCCCCACCCAGUACCUGGUGGUGCAGUUGAAUGGCCUGCUGCAGCAGGGCCAGCGCUACCGGCUUGUCAGCAUCUUCACAGGGGAGCUGGCUGACGACCUGGCCGGCUUCUACCGCAGUGAAUACGUGGAUGAGUCGGGCAACAAGAAGGUGGUGGCCACCACGCAGAUGCAGGCAGCCGACGCGCGGAAAGCCUUCCCCUGCUUCGAUGAGCCUGCCAUGAAAGCCACCUUCACAGUGACGCUCAUCCACCCCUCCGACCACAAGGCCAUUUCCAACAUGCCCGCCAGGAGCACCUGGCAGCAGCAGAUCGACGGGAAGAGCUGGAACGUCACCAAGUUCCAGACCACCCCCAAAAUGUCCACCUACCUGCUGGCCUUCAUCGUCAGCCAGUUCAGCUACGUGCAUAACACCUCGGGGAACGUGCUGAUCCGCAUCUGGGGCCGCCCCAAGGCCAUUGCCGAGGGCCAGGGCAGCUACGCACUCAAGGUGACUGGCCCCAUCCUCAACUUCUUCGAGAGGCACUACAACACGGCGUACCCGCUGCCCAACAAGGGAGCGUCGGUGCUGCGGAUGCUCUCCGACUUCCUCACUGAGGACGUGUUCAAGAAGGGGCUGCAGUCCUACCUCCACACCUUCGCCUAUGGAAGCACCACCUACAUGGACCUCUGGUCUCAUUUGCAAAAGGCUGUCAUGGAGAACAAUGUCUCACUGCCCAACACCAUCAGCGAUAUCAUGGACCGCUGGACGCUGCAGAUGGGCUUCCCCGUGGUGACCGUCAACACCCUCACCGGCGACGUCAGACAGGACCACUUCCUGCUGGACCCCACCUCCGUGGUGGAGAGACCCUCUGUCUUCAACUAUACCUGGAUCGUCCCCAUCACCUGGAAGACGCGUGAGACCACUGGGGACAGGUACUGGCUGACCAAACACUCAGGUACGGUCGGCCCCGACUGGCUACUGGUGAACCUGGAUGUCAGCGGGUACUUCCGUGUCAACUACAACCCAGAGAACUGGAACCAGCUCCUCAGACAGCUCUCCACCAACCACCAGGCCAUCCCCGUGAUCAACCGUGCCCAGAUCAUCGAUGACGCCUUUAACCUGGCCAGGGCCAAGUACAUCAAUGUGACCUUGGCCUUGGACACCACACGGUUUCUGAGCCGGGAGACAGCGUACAUGCCCUGGGAGGCGGCGCUCAACAAUCUCCAUUACUUCCAGCUGAUGUUUGACCGCAGUGAGGUCUUCGGAGUGAUGACGAAAUAUAUGCAGAAACAGGUGAUGCCCCUCUUCAACCACUACAAGAACAUCACCAAUAACUGGAUCACCAUCCCCAGUGGCCUGAUGGACCAGUACAACGAGAUCAAUGCCAUCAGCACAGCCUGCUCCUACGGCAUCGCCGAGUGCCAGACCCUGUCCACCGAUUACUUCCGCAAGUGGCAGCAAAAUGUCGCCAAGAACCCGAUCCCCCCGAACCUGCGCUCCUCCAUCUACUGCAGCAUUGUGGCCACAGGCGGGGAGGAGGCCUGGAACUUCAUCUGGGAGAGGUUCAAAGAGGCCACCGUUGUGUCCGAGGCUGACAAGCUCCGCACAGCCCUCUCCUGCAGCCCCCAACCCUGGAUCCUCAAUCGGUACCUGCAGUACACCCUCGACCCCAACAAGAUCCGGAAGCAGGACGCCACCGCCACCAUCAACAGCAUCGCCAGCAACGUGGUGGGGCAGCCCCUGGCCUGGGACUUCAUCCGCGGCAACUGGAGGAUGCUCUUCACCCAGUACGGGGGCGGUUCCUUCUCCUUCUCCCGGCUGAUUUUAUCAGUGACCCAGCGGUUUUCCACGGAGUUUGAGCUGCAGCAGUUGGAACAGUUCAAGGCGGACAACCAGGACAUCGGCUUUGGGUCAGGGACGCGGGCGCUGGAGCAGGCCCUGGAGAGGACCCGCGCCAACAUCAAGUGGGUGAAGGAGAACCAGGAGAUGGUGCUGGCCUGGUUCCAGGGCGAAACAGCCUCCAUCUAACUGCAUGGCCCCGGCUGCUGUGCACCCGCUUCCCAGCCCGGCUGCAGGGCUGGCUGGCACAGGAUGGGCUGCGGGGGCCGAGCCUGAAGCUCACA